CGGGGCUGCAACUGAGGCCGUAUGGCGGCGCGUGGAGAAUAAAAUAAUUUUAGAGAGGUAGUCAGGUACCCGAGAGAAGACAGCUGUGUCAUAUUUAUCGCUCCCAGAGGAACCCAGUGGAGGAUGAUCAGUGCCUAGAUCCCACAUUAAGCUGGAUGCAUUGUGAUUUCCAAUAAUUGAGACAGUGAUUCUGAAAGCUGUCUACAUUAAUGAAAAGAACAAUGUAGUCAGCUUAGCAUAUUCACCUCUGGUACGUGGUCUAUACAGGGAUGUGCUUCUGCAUGCAUUCUGGUUUUAGAUAAGGAAGUCUCUGAACAGGUCAGAUUUUAAAAAUAAAUUAUCAGUCUGUUAGUUGUAGUGUGAAAUAUAGAAUAAACAUGGAGAUAGAUGAUGUUUAUGAUGUUCUACCCCCUCUCCCCUUGGAGCCACCUGAUGAUUUUGGCCCAGAUGAGGGCAGAGCACCUCCACCACCUCCCCUGCAAACGUCCAGUGACGCAGAGGUAAUGGACGUUAGCUCUGGUGGUGAUGGAUACACAUACACCCCAGGGGACGGGGAAGGGGACGGGGACGGGGACAGGGAAGUCGAGCAACAGCAGCCCCUCAGCAAGGGCUCAAUAACUUUCUGUAGUCACCUCUCAGAUGAGUCCAGUGCCAACCCACCGUGCCCCAGAACAGCCCGCCACGCUCCCCCGGUCACCAAGUUCUUACCAGACCUCAAGCUGCUCCGAGACGUUAAAAUCUGUGUAAGCUUCACUGAAAGCAGCAAUAGCAAAGACAGGAAGGUUUUAUACACAGGCGAAGGGCAGGAGAGACGCAGGGAUGAUGGCUCAGGCAGCCUGAAUGGUGAGUUGCAUGACUCGACUAGUGAGCAGGAGGUAGCUGAGAGUAGCUCUGCAGCAGGCAGGAGAUCAGAGGAGGCAGAGGUAGACGCGGAAAACAAAGUCGAGUUCGCUGUCCUGGAUGAGUUGGAUGACUUCUACGAGAACUUCCUGGACCAAGACGACGGAGAGCACGGCGGCUUUAAGUCUGAGGUCAUAGUUCAGCAGGAGCAAGCAGAUGACGAGGCCGUGGGUUACUCCUAUGAGGAGGAGUUUGACAAUGAUGUGGAUGCUCUGCUGGAGGAGGGCAUGCCAGUCCCAAAAAAGAUGCGUCUGGCAGAGGACAAAUAUGGUGGGGACAGUGAUCAUCAGUCAGAUGGUGAAGGAGGUGUUCAGCCCAUGAUGACCAAAAUUAAGACUGUCCUGAAGAGUCGGGGCCGUCCACCCACUGAGCCUCUACCUGACGGAUGGAUCAUGACAUUCCACAACUCGGGCAUUCCAGUCUACCUGCACAGAGAGACCAGAGUGGUAACCUGGUCCAGGCCCUACUUCCUCGGGACUGGGAGUAUUAGGAAACACGACCCUCCCACCAGCAGCAUCCCCUGCCUACACUACAAGAAAAUGAAGGAACGGGAGGAAAGGGAACUGAACGGCGAUGCGAUUCCUAACGCUGAGGAGUCUCCAGUCAAGUCCACCGACGAGGCCAACGGCGAACAGAGUGCAGUCAAGUCAGACACCGCAGCUGAGGAGCAGGACGACGUCCCUGCCUCUAGUACGCCUGAUGGUGGGCCAGACGGCGAGGCCACCACAAAUCACAGCCAGCAGUCUAAAGAGCCCCAUCCCUGUGAAACUGCCCAAGGAGCCCUUGGACAAGUGAAGGCCAAGGUGGAGGUGUGCAAGGAUGAGUCCAUAGAACUUGAAGACUUUCGCCUGUACCUGGAAAAAUGCUUCGACUUUGAACAAGUGACGGUGAAGAAGUUCCGCACCUGGGCCGAGCGAAGGCAGUUCAACAGAGACGUGAAGAGGAAGCAGGCAGAGUCAGAGAGACCCAUCCUGCCCGCAAACCAGAAGCUCAUCACACUGUCAGUACAAGACGCUCCCACCAAGAAAGAAUUUGUCAUCAACCCCAACGGAAAGUCUGAAGUUUGCAUCUUACAUGAAUAUAUGCAACGUGUCCUAAAGGUUCGACCUGUUUACAACUUUUUUGAAUGUGAGAACCCAAGUGAACCCUUCGGAGCGUCCGUAAUAAUAGACGGAGUCACUUACGGCACAGGAACCGCAAGCAGUAAAAAACUUGCCAAGAAUAAAGCUGCUCGAGCCACACUGGAAAUCCUCAUCCCUGACUUUGUGAAGCAGACUUCUGAGGAGAAGCCUGUUGAGGGCGAUGAACUGGAGUAUUUUAAUCAUAUCAGUAUAGAAGACUCAAGGGUGUAUGAGCUUACCAACAAAGCAGGACUACUUUCGCCAUAUCAGAUUCUUCAUGAGUGCCUUAAAAGAAACCACGGGAUGGGAGACACCAGCAUUAAAUUUGAGGUGAUCCCAGGAAAAAACCAGAAGAGUGAAUACGUGAUGAUUUGUGGGAAGCAUACUGUGCGUGGUUGGUGCAAGAACAAGAGGGUCGGCAAACAACUAGCAUCUCAGAAGAUCUUGCAGAUGCUUCAUCCCCAUGUCAAGAACUGGGGCUCACUGCUGCGAAUGUAUGGCAGAGAGAGCAAUAAAAUGGUGAAGAAGGAGAGCUCUGACAAGAGCGUGAUCGAGCUCCAGCAGUUUGCCAAAAAGAACAAGCCAAACCUUCACAUCUUGAACAAACUGCAAGAAGAAAUGAGGAAACUGGCUAAGCAGAGGGAGGAAACCAGGAAGAAACCCAAGAUGACCAUUAUGGAGUCUGCCCAGCCAGGGAGCGAACCCCUCUGCACUGUCGACGUUUAACGUCCAUCAGAGUCACUGAUUAAGCACGGCACUGAAACCCAGUCACUGUCAGACAUCUCACACACACCACCUUUCACUUAAUUAUGCAUCACUGAGAUCUAAUGGCAAUAGAGUAACACAGUGAAAAAGCCGGUAGAACUGCUCGCUCGUUCGCUUCACCCACAUUUGAUUGGUCCAGCUGGUAGAUGUCAGGGUAGAACUAAAUGCACUAACUGACCGUAGAGCAAAUAUCAUCUACCUCUCUACAUGCAUCCUCGCUACGUACGGCACUAGGAGAAAUCACCCGGGGUGCAGAGAAGUUCCCAAGACUUGAUAACAUAAGAAAUGCAUGCUCCUCCAACUUCAGAGAACCACUACACACCUCGGAUUUGUUUUUCAAGUGUGGUUUUCAAACAGCCACAAUCUUUACAGUACCAGCACCUGUAGUUUUGUUUGUGCUUAAAGUAUUUGAAAGGGACUACUAAUACUCGUGUAUUAAUACCGUUCAUUUCAUUGGUAAAUUAAAUUUACUUGUUUAUUGCGUAUUUUAAUGGUCGGUGUUAUGGAUAUUUUUUGGGUGGUGAAUACACAUAUGCCGUUAGAUUUUUAUUUUUUUUUCCUCCUCAGAACGGACAGUUGCUGUCUUGGUUUGCACGAUUUAAAAAAAAACAACAAAAAAAAAACAUGCGUUGUGAAGUGAUCACUAUUCAGAAUUAUUGUUAUGCACUUGUGUCCUGUCCUGAAGUCACUGCUUUUAGGAUACUGGGAGGUGACAUUUUUGUAUUUUAGAGGGACUUGUUGCCUUGUUUUGUUUGUUUUUCUUCCUUUGGCGAUACAAGAAAGUGACGUCCUGUUCCCCCAUGCCAACACUGCAGCUAACCUUAAGCACAGGGCCACAUAGUACUGUAAUGUAAAAGGUAAAGGAUCAUUUCUUUUUCCGCUCACAGUUCUCUCUAGCAUUUCAACAUGUCGACUAUAUAAUGAAGUACUAAUGCCAUGCACACCAACUCACCGCUUAGUACAUUUUUAGUUGCUUUUCAUUUAUGGUGCCCUCAGAAAAAACAAAUCCCGUUGGCUACAUGUUGCCUUAGUUAAUCCAUUUCAUGAAGGGCUCAGAGUAUAUACAGUAAAUUGGACCUAAAAACACCCUUCAACGAGAAGUGGAAAGACCAAGUCCCCUUUACUUGAUAAAGCAUUUAUUGUUUAGCCAGUUAGUAUUUUUUAACGACAGCCUAUAAGACAAUAGAUACUUUAAAGAAAAUAAUGCCUACAGCACGUGCAGAUUUUUAAGACUCGUCUUAAUGGAUUGUGUAUUUGUGUACGUUCUGCCAUCCUUGUGACAGCCGAUCAUGCGUCUUGAUCAGAUUUUCUGACCACAAGAAGAAACCUUUCUGUUUUCCUUUUAAUUCAAAAGGCAGCCUCGCAAAAUUAAGUUGGCACAUUGACGUGAACAGAAUGCGGUCAAGUCAUUUCGUCCAACACAAGCUGAUGAAACAAGUGUAAACCAAAGCUUAAAUACAGUCUUAUGCAUUUUAUAGAAUACUUUAAUGUUGCUGCAAACUGUACAGUAGAAAACUAAUCUAUAAAAACAAGGAAAAAGACGCAUUACUUGCUGGAACAAAAUAGAAACUGCUGUGCAUUUGUGGAGUAUUUGGCCUGUGCUUUUUCUACUAAAGAUACAUGAACACAUCGCAGUUUAGACACAAGGCUGAUGUGAUGUUGUAGAUUGCUUUAAGAAUGUGCUUUUUCCCCCCUCCUCUGUGCGUGUGUCGUCUCGCUAAUUGUGUGUCAGUGUGAGAAGAGAAGAAACUUUAAAAAGUUACUGCAUUUGCAUGUUUUGCUGUUGAGUUGUACCAAUGACUUGUUUGAGAUGUUGCUGCCUAGAAAAUGAAGUAUAUUGCAACCUGAGCUCCAUGACUUCAGUGAUAUUUGUUAUGCAAAAUAAAAUGUCUUGACUAAUAA